AUGUGGGUCCUGUCCACGUCCGGUCCCUACGUCGCUCCCUUCCACGUCCGGUUCCUACUUGGGUCCCGUCCAUGUCCGGUUCCUACGUCGGUCCCGUCCACGUCCGGUCCCUACGUCGCUCCCUUUCACGUCCGGUUCCUACUUGGGUCCCGUCCAUGUCCGGUUCCUACGUCGGUCCUGUCCACAUCCAGUCCCUACGUCGCUCCCGUCCACGUCCGGUUCCUACGUGGGUCCCGUCCACGUCCGGUGUCCACUUCCAGUUUCUACUCCGGUUCCGUCCACGUCCGGUUCCUACAUCGCUCCUGUUUAUGUCCGGUUCCUACGUCGGUCAUGUCCACGUCCGGUUCCUACGUGGGUCCCGUCCACGUCCGGUUCCUACGUCGCUCCUGUUUAUGUCCGGUUCCUAUGUCGGUCAUGUCCACGUCCGGUUCCUAUGAGGGUCCCGUCCACGUCCGGUGUCCACAUCCAGUUUCUACUCCGGUCCCGUCCACGUCCGGUUCCUACGUCGUGCCUGUCUACAUCCGGCUCCUACGUGGGUCCCGUUUAAGUCCGGUUCCUACGUCGGUCCCUUCCACGUUUGGUUUCUACGUCGGUCCCGUCCACGUCCGGUUCCUACGUGGGUCCCACUUACGUUCGGUUCCUACGCCGGGCCCGUCCACGUCCGGUUCCUACGUGGGUCCCGUCCACAUCCGGUUCCUACACUGA